UCUGCCAAGAAAACUGCUUACUAAAUGUAUAAAAAGGGAUUAAGGGAUAGCCGAGCUGAAUUGGAGUCUGCAGAGUAUAUAUAAUAGAAGUAGUAGUAACAAUCAACAAACAAAGCAAACCCGUUGCCGGAGAUAAAUUCGCGGGACAGUAAUUAUCAGAUUAAAGAAAGAAGUUGUCAAGGAUAAAUGAACAACUCUGCAGCCGGAUCCUCCUCAAAAACGAGAGUUGGGUUGUCCCAUCAGUCGGAGCCUUCAUUCAAGCGUAAACGUGCUGUUUUCCAGAAGGACUUGCAGCACAUGAUGUAUGGUUUUGGAGAUGAUCCUAAUCCCCUUCCUGAAUCUAUGGCACUUUUGGAGGAUAUUGUGGUCGAGUAUGUGACAGACUUGGUUCACAAGGCACAGGAUAUUGCAUCUAAAAGGGGAAAGCUUUUGACCGAGGAUUUUCUUUACUUGGUGCGAAAGGAUGCCCCAAAAUUUAACAGAUGCACUGAACUUUUGUCCAUGAACGAGGAGCUGAAACAAGCAAGGAAAGCUUUUGAUGUGGAUGAGGAGAAGUUGGCAACCAUUGAAUGAAAGUGGACGAAGAUUUCAUGUUUGCUUUUAAAUUAAACUUAAUUACCUUUGUGAAGAUUUAAAAUUACUUGAUGUUCAAAACUAAGACAAGACAAAUAAGUUUAAAAUAUACCUUUCGCCGCCA